AUCUGUUUCCUUUCUCAAGGUCUCUUAUUCCUGCGUCACAAUCUGGUAGGCCCCUGUGAGGACAUCUUGUCUGCAACCCUUUCUGGGCCAUGGGUUAGUUGUUAAGGGUUGCACGUACACAUAUAGGAGGAUAAUAAUAUGAUAAAAUACACAGAUACACUCUAACACUCUGAAGGUCUCCAAACCCUCUGAAACCCUGACAUGGAGGCAUUUAAAAGAUUGAUGGUUCAUGUCACCAUCCAGAAUAUGCUCCAGAUCUCAGAUCUAUGUGUUCCUGAAAGCCGUCUUGGAUACACCUGCGAACCCAUUAGUUCUUAAAGGCUUGAUGUGUCUAAGAGUAAGCGUGUUAAGAGAUGGGACAGUCUCUCUCAUGUCUCAAGUCGAACGGUUGGUGAGAAGGUCCGUGCUUUUCAGAGCACCUCAGCGAUUCUCAUGGAGAACAUGGACCUCUACAUGCUCAACCCCUGCAGCAACAAGAUCUGGUUUGUCAUAGAGCUGUGCGAACCCAUCCAGGUGAAGCAGCUGGACAUCGCCAACUUUGAGCUGUUCUCUUCCACGCCCAAGGACUUCCUGGUGUCCAUCAGCGACCGGUAUCCGACCAACAAGUGGAUGAAGCUGGGCACCUUCCACGCCCAGGACAAACGCACGGUGCAGAGCUUCCCGCUGGACGAGCAGCUCUACGCCAAAUACGUCAAGGUAGGGCCAGCCCCGAUGCAUCAUGGGAGAUGCCAAGGACAGUCUGCCAGAGCUGGUCAGAGCGUUGAUCGAGUCCUAAGAGAUUUUCCAGCACAGCCCCUCUUAAGCCAUCAGUAAGGAGCUUGUCACCUUUAUUUACAGGGUGAAUCUCAGUGCAGUUAAGGUCUGCAAAAUCUCAGCAAUCCUACAGCCUAGGGUUUGCGGACACCAGCCCAACAUACCGACUUUCAUUAGAGACACCAGCAGAUGGUAGUCAUGUGAACCCCCCAGGCUCUAGAAGAGGCCCCCUUUGGAGCAUGCC